AUGGUUGCGUGGGGUGGGAUGACAUUUUACGGUACGGCGCUGAUCGGCCUCAAUGCGCUGGCGCUGUGGGACCUUUACCUUCAACGCCGGCAGCGUAAAGCAUACGCGAAUGCAAAGAUGCCUGAACACCUUGUCGGCGUCGUGGAAGAGAAGGAGUUCCGUACCACUCAGGAGUACGAAAGGGAGAAACUCAGCUUUUCAAUCUUGUUGCACGUAAAGGACAUUGUCAUAAGCAACGUCUCCCUGCUGGCAAAACUGCCCGCCAAGUUGUACGGAUCCCUUGGCCAACUAUUACCAGGGGCUACGGGCUCCUUUUCACAUUGCUACGUUUACGCCGUCGCAACGGAUGUGCUAACGACACUCAUAAGCCUUCCUUUUGAAUACUACUCAACAUUUGUGAUCGAGGAGAAACAUGGGUUCAACAAAAUGACGCGCAAGGAAUUCUUUCUGGACGUUGCCAAGUAUUUUCUGCUUCGCCUGACUCUGUUGCACGUUCUGACCAGUGGGCUCAUCCUCAAGGUGGUGGAACUGUUCGGCGAGGAUUUCCCAUUUUACUUUUUCCUCGGUGCGACGGGCCUGAUCACCAUUUUCACCUUCGUUUACCCCACUUUCAUCCAGCCCCUAUUCAACACGUACACGCCGAUACCGAAGGACGGUGAGUUGGGGAAGAAGAUAUAUGCACUCGCUGAAAAGCACAAGUUUCCUUUGAAGAAACUAUACGAAGUUGAUGGUUCGCGGCGCUCGGGUCACAGCAACGCGUACUUCUAUGGUUUUUGGUCGAAGCACAUUGUUUUGUAUGAUACGAUCGUUGAGCAGACGAAGGAUGAUCACGACGCGCUGCUUGCCGUUCUUUGCCACGAGCUCGGCCACUGGAAGAACUCCCACGACAAAUUCUUCUUCGGUUUUAUGGUUGCUCAAACGUGGUGUAUAUCAUACGGCGCAAAGGCCGUAAUUUUCAACACUGACUUGUACAAGCAGUUUGGGUUCAGCGAUGCCAAUCCGCUCAUUGGUUUCGAGCUGUUCAGCCAAGUGUUUUUGGAGCCCAUUAACACACUCCUGGGUUAUCUUGUGUCACUCGUGACUCGUCAAUUUGAGUUCCAGGCGGAUCGGUACGCCGUUAGUUCUGGGUAUGGUGAACCGCUUAUAAGAGGACUGAUGGUUAUACACAAGGAGAAUAAGAACUUGCUUACACCCGAUCCGCUCUUCGCUGCGCUGCACUACUCUCAUCCACCACUCGCCCAACGGCUCGAUGCCAUUAAGGAGGAAAAUAAGAAACGGAAAUGA